UACGCGUCAUGCAUAUUAACCAAUUACUUAAAUUCUACCAAGUCACUGGUUUUCCUGGCUAGCUCAAGUGAAGUGUCGAAAUCUAGAUCUUCUCUAAGUCGUCUAAGUAGAGUCUAGUCAGAAAUGCUGGCAGAGAAAGCUCUAGACUUGAUUCGUGAACUCAAGAGAACUUCUGGGGGAACAUUACCGCCCUUCAAUGAGGACAAGAUUCGUCAAGUCCUAGAAGAAGUGCAAACAUUAUUUGAACAGAAUAGAGAUACAGCUAAGUACGCAGCUGAAGGACAGCAUGAUGUGUUGGCAGCCAUACAGCUCAGACAUGCAGGAAUACAGAGAAACAAACGAUGCCUGCUAGCUUAUUUGUAUAAUCGUUUGGAAAAUAUUCGUCGAAUGAGGUGGGAGUUUGGCAGUGUACUUCCAGCGGAUGUGAAGUAUAACAUGUGUGAGCAUGAGGUCCAGUGGUUCAAUCAGUAUAACAGACUAUUGGCAAACUAUAUGAGGUCUAUUGGAGAAAGUGGUGGGCUGGAUUUAACCCAAGACAUGAAGCCACCUAAAAGUCUUUAUGUUCUGGUGAGAUGUCUGAUGGAUCAUGGAGAGUUUGAAACACAAGAUGGGACAGUGAUUCUGUUGAAGAAAAACAGCCAGCAUUACUUGAUGAGGUCAGAAUGUGAACAUUUGAUUCGUCAGGGAGUUCUGGAACAUAUAGUACAGUGAGCUAGCUUGUGGUCUGUUUAUAUUGGGACCAUGGGGGGUGCUACUGACAAUGUGUUCUAUCACACCAGAAUACAUCACAAACAUUUGGAGUUUCUUUAAAGAAAAGAUUCAGUUCAUCAAUCUUCAAGUCAUAGGAAUAUCUGGUUCUGGCUUGUUUGUGAUGUGUUCUAUCUGAUAUAAGUUGAACUUGAAGUCUACUUUGACCUUCUUUACAUUACUGAUAAAUCAGAGGAGCUGUGAGGAAAUGUUUAAAAACUGUUUAUAGUACCAAGCACUUCUACUAAACACAAGUUUUUUGCUGCAUGUUUCAAAGCAUGUUAUAUUUUUAAAUAAUUUAUAUCAAUAUUUUGUUUCAUUUACAUUUUCAGUAGGUAUUGUUAAUCAAAUAUCAAUUUUUACUUCUACUGAACUAAAUUAGCCCUUUUUUUUAAAAAAUGUGUCAUUCAAGACAAUAUACCAAGUCAUAAAUAAAGGAAAUAGUCAAGCUGUAUGGUCAUUUGUUUUUCAAAAUCCUUCUUUGGUGUAGUGCAAGUGGGCUUAGCUCAGAAAGAAACUAGACUGUUUCUGUUAGUGGACUGUCUUGGGGAGAAUAGUCCACUAGUGUGCAGUGUUCUAAAAUCAGUGUUGAUGGUUCAAUAAUUUUUAGUCUUCAAAAGUAAACAACACAAUCAAGACUUUACUUUUCAACAUGGUAUAUACACUUCUGUUGUAUGUGUUAAAUAAUAAUUUGACUUCUAGCUGUCAGAGAAAAUGAUUUAUGCAAGUUUCAAAAACAUUGCUUUAUCAAAUUAUUGUUUUCAGUGUUACACAGUACUAAGCCAUGACAGAUUUAUGGUCCUAUAUUUUGAUGGCAUGUUAUUUGUACAUUAUGUCACUUUGAUGUCUGAAUAAAUGUUAUGACCAUGAGUUGCUUAGCAGUUCCUACAGUGUUUGGAAAUGAAAAUACUAAAACAUA